CAUCCCUAUAUGUACUAGGAUAUGCCCUAUAGAUAGAAUGGAGAUUAACAUGAAAACACCUUGCCAUGAUUUAACAGAACACAGUCAUCAAUCUUUACCAUUGGAAGUACAGAAGUUAUUACAAUCUACUGUCAAUGAUUCCAAUUUUGACAUCAGUCUUCCCAUGAUAAUACAACAGGAUAUGAUUAAUUUUACCAUAGCAACAAAAGAUCGAACAAGUAUACCUAAUAGUUGGACAGAACUGUUGUCGAAACCAUUCUACACCAUAGAUAACAUUGUGCUAAUAAAUCAACAUACUAUGAAUGAAUUUACAUUGUUGAGAUUGACACUUGCCUUUAAUAAUGUCAACUUUACCAAAGAAUUUGAAACUGAACUGACCUUGAGAGACUACAUAGAUGUUCAGGUCAAGGAGUUUAUUACACAAGCUUUGAAUGAUGGAAUUGUUACUGUUUCUAAUGUUUGGCCAGAACAGAAUGAGAUAUCCUUCAUGCUGAAUACUACAACAAAUAAAACAGUUUUGAUGCAACACAUCCAGACAUGGAAUAUAUCAACACUACCUAGCAUAGAUGUGUUUGGCAGGAAGUUAAGCUUAGUGAAUACCAGUGUUGAGCAUAGUUACAACUCUAUGUGUCAUGUCAACUGCCACCAAAUUGAUGAUCAGCAUGGAUGUAACAAGGUUCCUGGUUGCCAUUGGGAUAUCUAUAGUCAGGGAAUAUGUACCAAUAAUUCUCUUAUUCCAGAAAGAAUUAAAGCUACAGUUUCUUUACCUUGUCUUGGACUGUACUCAAAUCAAACAUUUUCUGAAGAUGAUGUAAUCAAACAAUUUAAUGAUUUACUUAUGAAUGAUAUUCCAUCAUUAGAUAAAACUAUGAUGCAGAUCAGUAUGGUUCAGGGAGACAAAUCCAGGUUGUAUUACAAGGAAGAGUUACUUCCCUUCCUGUGUCAGAGAUCUGGUGGAAUAUACGACAGCUGA